AUGCCACGUAAGCUACGUAAGAAUAUACGUAAGAGGAAGGGAGCAUUGAAACAUCCAAUAGUAAAACUGACACCACAACAACAGUUGCAACAACAAAUGAUGAAUGACCCCACUAUGUUGCAACAAAUGUCAAGCAACCCUAUGCUUUUAAACCGAGUUAUUGGUGCACAGAGUGGAGGUUUAAGAGCGGCACUUUUAGCGAAAAUGGCAGGCUAUGGUGGAGCUGCAGACGGAACAGCUUAUAACCCUCAAAGUCAAAUGAAUUUGAGUUCACUCAAAAAUCAAACAACAGAUGUCAAAAAGUCAAACAUAGACAUACAGAAACAAAUAA